AUGGCGUCGAAGAAGGUGCAGAAUAGAGUAAGGAAGAAACUCGACAAAAAUAUAUUUGACUCGCUUCUGAAUGUUGUUUCUGUGUAUCUUGAUUUUAAAAACAAAGAAAAGCUUGAGAAGUUAAAGAAGCUUAGGCAAACUCAAAGAGAUUUGCCAGUGGCAAAAUACAGAACGGAAAUACAAGAAGCUGUAAAAAAUGUAAAGGUUGUGGUUGUUGCUGGUGACACAGGCUGUGGAAAAUCAACACAAGUACCUCAGUACUUACAUGAUGCCGGCUUCCAGAAUAUUGCUUGCACACAGCCAAGAAGAAUAGCAUGUGUUUCAUUGUCAAAGAGAGUAGCCUUUGAAACUCUAACACAAUUUGAAAGCAAGGUUGGAUAUCAGAUAAGAUUUGAGAAAAGCAAAUCUGCAGACACCAAAAUUUGUUUCAUUACUGAAGGUCUUUUGUUACGUCAGAUGUCAUCAGAAAACCUUCCCAAUUAUGAUGUUAUCAUACUAGAUGAAAUACACGAAAGGCAUUUAAUGGGAGAUUUCCUCCUUGGAGUGCUCAAGUGCCUCAUUCAUAAUCGUAAUGAUAUAAAGCUAGUGCUUAUGUCUGCUACCAUCAACAUUAAACUUUUUGCGGAUUAUUUUUCUGCGGAGUCUGCUGUGGUCAUCCAAGUGCCUGGUAGAUUGUAUCCAAUAGACUUAAAUUACAAACCGAUAUUUAUAGAAGAGAAGCCUACACGAGAUGACAGGCUUGAUCCACAGCCAUAUGUACAAAUUAUGCAGCUGAUAGAUAGCAAGUACCCAAGCGAUGAAAGGGGCGACCUUCUCAUAUUCAUGUCGGGUGUUCAAGAGAUAACAUCUAUAUGUGAUGCCGCGCAACAAUAUGCCGAGAAAACUAAGAAAUGGAUUGUGCUCCCGCUUCAUAGCGGCCUAUCGCUUAGCGAACAGGAUAAAGUGUUCGACUAUCCACCAGAAGGCGUCAGAAAAUGCAUUGUGUCGACCAACAUAGCCGAGACAUCCGUUACCAUAGAUGGGAUAAGAUUUGUCGUGGACUCUGGCAAGGUUAAGGAAAUGAGUUACGAUUCCUCUACGAAGAUGCAGAGGCUGAAAGAGUUUUGGAUAUCGAAAGCAAGUGCCGAUCAGAGGAAAGGCAGAGCCGGGAGAACAGGUCCGGGCGUGUGCUACCGGAUAUACUCGGAGCAGCAGUACGAGGAUAUGGAGCAGUUCAGCGCUCCGGAGGUGAGCCGCGUGCCGCUCGCCUCGCUUCUGCUGCUGAUGAGCUCGCUGGGCGUGAGCGACGUGCGCCGCUUCCCGUUCCUCGACUCGCCCCCUGAAGAGGCGGUGGAGAACGCCCUCCUGGAGCUGAAGCAGCACGGCGCUCUAUCCUCAAACGAGAAGCUCACCCCACUGGGCAAAGCCCUAGCGAACCUGCCCGUCGAAGUCUCGUUGGCGAAGGCGCUGGUGGUGGGGAGCGCCACGCUGCCCCCCCACAAGCGGGACUCCGCCCUCGCGCUCACCGCGGCCCUGGGGAUUCGGUCCAUAUUCACCACGAGGGCGCAUAGAGACUUCGAAUGCGAGAACGCGAGGAGACCGGAUGAGUCGGACCACGGGGACCCGUUGAGCCUACUCUCGCUGUACUGCGCCUGGCUGACGGUGAAGGCGGACGGGAGGGGAGGGCGCGACUGGUGCCGCCGGAGGGGCAUCGAGGAGCAGCGCUUCUACGAGCUGACCAAGCUGUCGGCCCAGCUGCGCGGGCUGCUGCAGGACAACAAUCUGAUGGAGAGCGUCGAGCCAGAGAGUAUGUCGUCAGCGGAACGCGCGCUACGUCACGGCCAAAUGAAACAGUUGAAAGACCUAAGGAGGCAGUACAAGCAGAAGAGCGCCGAAGAGUCCAAGCGCAGGAGGAGGCUGAAGGUGGACUCCUGGGAGGUGGUCGAGGAGGGCGCCGGCGACGAUCAUCAUCUGGACAUCCGCGACAUCGAGUUCCGGAUGACGAACGACGCGCAGAGGAUCAGGGCGCUGAUCUCCGGCGCCAGCGCUUCCAGCGGCCGGGACCUGGUCAUGCUGAAGAUAGUUCUGUGCAGAGCCCUGUACCCCCAAGUUGCGAUAGCCGACGAAUUCAACCACUGCAAGUCUGUCUCCGAGCAGCUGUACCACACCUGGAGCAAGCCGUUCGUCUUCCUCCACCCGACGUCUUACUUCGGGAAGCAACCCAGGACCGUGCAGCUGAACGAGGCCGACAUACAAACCGAGCUGCCGCCGGGGUAUAAAAGCAAGCUGCCCGUCUCCGCGAGGCACCAGCUGUUGUGCUACCUGUCCCUGUUGGAGACAACCAAGCCGUACAUCGUAAACUCGAUGAGGAUGCCCGCAGCCCAAACUCUGUUGCUUCUUUCGCACUCUAUCGACACCAACAUUGGAUUCACGCGUUUAGUUUGUGACUCCUGGCUGCUACUGGAGUUCCCCUACGCCGAGUCGGGUUUGAGCCUGCUGCUGAAGGCUACCAAGCUACGGCAGCGUUGGGACUACCUCAUCAAUCGGAGACUAGCCGACGCGAAUCCCGAGAAAUCCGUCGAGUCGGAACUGCAGAAGUCCAACCAGACCUCGAAGAUUCCUUACGAGGAGUUGCAGCACGAGUUGUCCUGCGACAUUGGCUCCUAUAUGAACAGCGACGUGUAUUACACCAUAAAGAGACUGCUCCCCGGCGAUUUGAAGGUGCUAUACUUCGGCGGCGACGAGGCGCACACGAAUAUCGACCCUAACCCCUUCGAGGAGGGCUUCGAAUGCCGCGCCCACGAGAAAAAAGGAGGCGUGUACAUCACCGACAAUAUCGUCUACAAUUGCGUUGUCGACACGGAUUGGAGUUACAAUAAUUACCAAGAAAUUUACGGCGUGCCUUGGAGCUGUCCCAAUUGCGAAAUGUCUCUGUGCUUGUCUCCGUUAGAAAGGCUCCAACACAAGAAGUACACGUGCUCUUCUAGAGCGGUCGAGAAUAAGAUGGAGGCGAUUAGAGCGCCACGCGAAAAUAAACCUAACGCGAAAGAGUAUAAGUGCGACAACUGCGACACCGUUUUACACAUGACACCCGUCGAAAUACUUAGGCAUAAAAAGAAUUGUAAAAGUAAA